AUGGUCCCUGCCUGCUUGAAGUCCUCUACUAUUGUGUCUGUGCCCAGAAAAUCAACCAUCACCUGCCAUAAUGAUUACCGUCCUGUUGCUUUGACCCCAGUCAUCAUGAAGUGCUUUGAAAGGAUCCUCCUGAAGUACAUCAAGGACGAUGUCCCUGCUGGCCUGGACAGCCUGCAGUUCACCUACAGAGAGAAUCGCUCCACUGAGGAUGCUGUCUUGUUAGCACUUCACAGGGCUCUGACUCAUCUACAGCAUCCUAACACCUAUGUUAGGAUGCUAUUUGUGGACUUCAGCUCAGCCUUCAGCUCAGCCUUCAACACCGUCCUCCGUGACAUGCUGGCCGCAAAGCUCACAACCUUGGUUUAUCUGCACCACUUGUGCUCCUGGAUCAGCAACUUCCUCAUCAACAGGCCCCAGGUGUUUGCGGAUGACACCACUGUGGUGGGUCUCAUAUCCAACAAUGAUGAGACCCACUACAGAGACGAGGUCCACAACCUGACUCAGUGGUGCCCCAGGAACAACCUCAUCCUAAACACCAGCAAGACCAAGGAAGGAGAGAUGCUGGUGCGUGUGGACAGCAUAAAGUUCCUGGGCAUUCACAUUUCUUCUGACCUCUCCUGGACUGAAAACACCUUCCACAAGGCAUUGAUGGGGAUCCAGCUGGUGGUCAGCCUGCUGGCUGCCAGCAUCAUGCAGAGGAUGGCUCCUCACUACUCCUUUGCACGCUGGCUCCUCUGCAGCGGCAGUUUGUUCCGAUUCAAACACCCCUCAGAGGGAGAGUUGUGCGUGUUGGCAGGAAAACAGAUGCCUAAACAAAACAGAAGAGACAGGAGACAGAAUGGAGAGAACAAGCCUCUCACAGUGCCUAAAGACAUCGACCUUCACCUGGAGAAAGCUCCGGUCAACGUGAUGGACGCUCUUGUGCUGCGGUUUUUCCUGGAGUACCAGUGGCUUGUAGAUUUUGCUGUCUAUGCAAUGGGUGUCUUCCUCUUCACUGAGUGUUAUUACAGUGUGGUAGAUGCCAGUAAAGAGGUCAAUAUCGGAGCCAUCUGGUGUGUCCUAACAGUUCUCUUUGGGCUAAAGGCCCUCCACACUCUGAUGAGUCAUUAUUUCCGCUCUGAGGAGGGUGGCGAGCGCUCUGUGUGCCUCGCCUUUGGUUUCCUGUCUCUGCUUGUGGCGAUGCUGGUGCUGGUGGUCAGAGAGGACUACCUGGAGUUUGGCCUUGAGUCCGGCUUCUCCAACCUGUUUGACAACUUGGAAACAUUUGCUAAACAGCAGGGCUAUGCUGACUGGUCAAUCCCGGUCACUAAGCUGACUGUGAAGUUUGGCCUGGCUGCUGUCUGUGCUUACAUUGGCUCCCUCCUGGCCUUCCCUGGACUCAGGCUGGCUCAGACUCAUCUAGAUGCUGUACAGAUGAACUCUGACCGCCCACUCAUCCAGAUCCUGCUGCACAUGAGUUUCUUAUCUCCUGUCGUCGUGUUGGUUCUGUGGAUAAAACCCAUUGCUAGAGACUUUUUGGCCAACGCACCAAUGGGAAAGACUUCUGUCACAAUAGUGAGCAGUGCAACAUUUGACAGCAUGCGUCUGUGGAUCAUCGUGGCGCUGUGUGUGCUACGGCUAGGACUAACCCGGUACCACCUGCAGGCCUACCUCAAUCUGGCCCAGAAGUGGGUGGAGCAGAUGAAGAAGGAGGCGGGUCGUAUUGCUGCCAUUGAUAUUCAGAGGAAGGUCACACGUGUGUUUUGCUACCUAACAGUUGUUACACUUCAAUAUUUGGUUCCUAUUCUGCUCAUCCUCUUCUCCACUUUGGCACUCAAGAUGCUCGGGAACUUCUCUUGGUGUGUUGAUGAUGUGGAGACCCCAGGGGUGACGCCAGCGUUGGUGCUCCCCACAGCAGCACCUGUGCGGUCUGGUGGUCUCGAUGAGGACGAAGAAGGGAUGGAAGACAUGGAGGAGGACAUCCAGGCCACCGUAGCACGUCUUUCAGAGAUGUUCGCUGCGCUGUGGUCUGUCCUCACUCCUCUUUUUCUCCGUGGUCUUUUCGCCUUCCUCACUUGGUGGGUGGCUGCCUGCCAAGUGAUCAGCUCCCUGUUUGGCAUCUACUUCCAUCAGUACCUGAUGCAUAACUGAGAAAACCGGAGCACUGGAUGCCUGUACAUGAAAAUCACUUAAAAGCUCUCCAUGUAUGAGAUGCUGCUGGAAAGGAUGCCCGCAGACAGAAAGGGCGACAUGUGAUAAAAACGUAUAACUACACACAGACUGAGCCUUGCUUUGCCUACAAGACGUAAGAAUUGUUGAACACUUUGGCUGUAUUGGCCAGCAGGCUUCUGGCAGCAAAUAUACUGAAACACCAGGGCUUGUAUCACAAGCAAGUGGAGCUUUUAUCAUUUUAUAUGGCUUCACUUGGUCGUACUAUGGGAGCAGCAUAUUUAGCAAAGUAAGAAUCACUUGCUGAGGUUAGAUCAUCUGUGCUUUAAAAGUGCAGAAAUGGGUUAAUUUCCUGGAAUCAAAACCAGUUCAGAUCUAAUUUAACUGUAGAAUCUUAAAUGUAUCCCAACCUAUUUCUGAUUCUGACUCUAGAUCAGGGGUAAAGCAACCUUUUUAUAAUCCAAAUAGCCAUGUUUGCCUUCAUUCCUACUAAAUAUAAAUUUGUCUAUCUCCAAAAAACUUACUGGACCCCUUAGUAAAAGGCUAACUUAACUUUUAUAAAUAUGUUAUGUAGAAUUUGUGUUAUUUGUGUAAUGAAGGUUUCAACUUUAAGUUGUUUUUUAAUGUUUUCAAGCAAAGUACAACUUUCAACUUUUCCAGAGGGAAAAGAGCUUUUAUGACUAGAACAAGAUAAAUUGAGGUAGUUGCAUAUUUAUGAUGAACAGGAUGAAAAAUGGGUCAAUUAAAAGGUUAAAAGCAAUUAAGGUAAAGCACAUAGUUUUCAGCUAAAUUGCAAUAAAUGACUGAGAAAAAGCAAACAAAACUUUGGUAUAGUUGGUCUUAUUCUGCUGUGAAAAUCCUUUGCAGAUGUGUUAUAUAAAAACGUUUCUGUCGCCUUUAUAUUUAAAACCAUUGCUUAAUUCCCUGUGAUUUUUGGUCAGGAGCCACAAACAGUUGUACAGCCACAAGUUGGAGACCUCUGCUUCAGGGUUAUUUUUUAAUUGGUUAUUUAUAUUUGCAGUUAAUUUGUAAAAUUAAAGUUUCUUUUUGAACCACUCAUUGUGCGUUAAGAGGAUAAAAACUGUACUCAGCAGAUUUGACCAUAACGGAUGGGAUGCAUCACUUUGCCUGAGCUACCGGUUUCAGUUGUCUGUCAUGGGCUUAUGAUUUUGAAAAGCGUGUUUAUCUUUACUUGUUUUAGUGCAGAAUAUGAAACAGUUGUAACUAUUAGAAAAUGUAAACUUUUAUUCUUUAUCCAAACGUUGGGAACGGAGGCAAUGUCACACCGUAUGAGAGGAAGCCGUUGCUGCGAAGCUUGGUUUUACUGUUAUUUUACAACAAAAACAAAAUGAUCACAGAACUAAUAUUUCUGUUACUAAAACAUCUUUGUCCAUGUGUAUAUUCUCUAGAUAAUGUAGAUUCUUUCCUUAAAAUGAGAUGUCUGAAAGUCUGCCAAUCCAAAUCCAGCGAGGUCCUUAACACACAGAGUUAAAAAGUUUAGAAGUAUGAAUUAGAGCAACUCUUUGAUCAGGAGCUACUAGUUCAUGCUGACAGCACUUCUCAGUAUAGAUGUGGUCAAUGAGUUUGGAAGAUUCAGACUUAGCUAUACAGUUUUAGUCUGAAAAAGCAGUUCAUUCUCUGAUUGCAAAAAGACUGGUUGUAUCAGUCAUUGGUCAAAGCCAGUCAAGUUGAAAAUUACAACUUGCAUUAAUAUUCUUCCAACUUUGAGCCAUCAGUUGCUUUUAGCAUGGUAAUUACAAUCACUUCGGUCUUUCAUUAUCUCUUUUUAUCAUGUCUUUAUUAGGGGUGGACCAAUAGAUGUUACGAUUUUCUUAAUUUUGGGUUAUCGGCCGAUACUUUCAUGUAAAACUGAUGUUAUUCACCGAUCUUAUCUACCUCCGCAAAGGUCUGAAAAUCACCCUCUGUCCCCUUUUGCUCUGCCGUGAGAGAGGGCUGACUGACAGACCCGCCCAUCAGGUCACAUCUGCACGUGCACCAUUCACAACUGUUGACAACAUAAGAUUAGAGGAUUGAAUGUGUAUUGUGACACCUGACAGUGUCAGUAAUGACGAAAAUCGGAAUCGGCAGGUCAGACUUUUCAAAGAUCUGUGAUCGGCCAAAAAACUGCAAUCGGUGCACCCCUAGUUUUUAUGUAUCGUGGUAUUUUGUUGUUGUACCUGCUUUAAGUACCUUGUCAGAUUGCAGUCUUUAUUCUCUGCUGUUGCUGCUCUAAAUCACCUGAAAACUUUUUUUCCUUAUUUAAAAACAAACAGAAUUAUAGAGCAUGUGCUCUUGUGAUUUUCAGCUACUAAAUGUCUGCUAUCAUCAUAAUGGUGGAAUCAAGCUGCUAAGUUGCUAUUACACUUUGUUGUACACCUACAUUCUAAGAGCAUAUUCUGCAGCUUGUGUUAUUCUUCUGUAUCAGUGUUAUUUGAACAGACUACUGUUUAAUGCUGCAUUUAAAAUAUUUAAUGGUACCAGUGCAGGUUAUUGUACUUCCUCCCUGAGUUGGAGGAUGAUAUAUUUUGUGUAAGGGACUCUGUUUCCCUUAAAGAACCGAUUUCAGAGUGCUAAACGAUUUUUUUUUCUUAGUUUUUUGUUCAGGGGUUCAGACACAAACGAACCAGUAGUUGACGGUGUGGGUUGGUGUCUGAAAGUCGAACACUGAAGAGUUACUUUGUUGUUACCUAAGUGCCUGGGAGCUCAGGGUUUUUUAGUUUCUUUAAAACCCUCCUCCAUCCGUUUGUUUGUGAGCUUCAACAAAUUUCUGUUUUUUUAUUAAUAUUCACAUAAAGCAGAGAUGAUAUUUUAUCAACACUAGAUGCUAAAGCAUUUUAGGCUUCAGAUCAGUUACUUCUUAUUUAUCUUGCAGAAAUUAGGCAGAUUCUAACAUUUUGAUCUGUUUUGAGGUUGGUCUUUAAUUUGAUCAUUUUCUUCCAGAAAUUGUGAUUGUGAUUGUUUAUCUUAAGAUGACAUUUUCUGAAUGCAUGGUGUGCUGUAUCUUAAGUUUUUGUGUGUGCAGCCUAAUUAAAGAAAACCUCCUGGUUUUGUGUUUCA